AUGUCCGACGGCAAUUGCCAAAGCGACGUUCUUGAACCGCCUUGCUCAAAGAAAAUCAAAAAAGACGAUCAAAAUGAAAACGGUGUAGCUGAAUCGGUGUUAGAAUUAAAAGACUUUGUACCAUGCAAAAUAUUGAAUAACAAUACGAAUAGGAAAACUGUUUGUAUUCAAGGUAAUUUCAAAGACAAGAGUGGGGUUGCAUUGGUGAUUUUGGAGAAAAAUGCUUUUAAAGAAGACGAAUUAGACAGUAAGGGCUAUUUUUCCAACGAAAGCGGAUUGAAAACGUAUUUCCAGAACGAUAUUUACGGAAAUUUCGAGUGUUAUCCGAAUCCUAGUAUCAACGGUGUAAAAACAACAAUCAUCUACCCAGCCACAGAGAAACACAUUGCCAAGUUCAGUCAACAAGAAGUACAUAUAAUACAGGAAACUCCAGAGUGUUAUGAGAAAUUAACGUUACCUCAUUUGGAGAAGGAACAAUUUAACUUACAGUGGGUAUACAACAUUCUAGAGGGUAAAAGUGAACAAGAUAGAAUAGUUCACAACAACAAGUGUGAUAAAGAAGGUUUUGUGUUAGUUCCCGAUCUCAAGUGGGAUGGAUUAACAAAAGAAACACUUUAUUUGUUGGCUAUUGUCAGGCAAAGGGGUAUUAAGUCACUGAGAGACUUGGAUGCGACUCAUUUGUCUUUGUUAAAGAGGAUUCGGGACGAAGGGAAGAAAGCAAUCUUCGACAAGUACAAAGUAAGAGGCAGUCAGUUACGGAUUUACUUUCACUACCAACCGUCAUUUUAUCAUCUACAUAUACAUUUUACAUAUCUAAGGCACGAAGCUCCCGGUAUUUAUGCAGAGAAAUCACAUUUACUGGAUACUGUUAUUAAUAAUAUUGAAAUGAUGAGCGAUUAUUACAAAAAAGCUACCUUACCGUUUACCAUUCGUGAAAUGGACACCUUAUUCAAUGUGUAUGAAACAAAUGGAUAUGUACAAAAGAUUAAAUCAGAUGAUAUUGAAUUAAUCGACAAAUAA